AUGACUCUCGCUAGAUACCAUCUAGCGAAAUUUGAUUAUUGUCAAGCAUUAAACGACUGUGAAAUGUCUGAGAAUCGAUGUCAAUCCGGAUCUAUUAAAUUAGCUUCGAUUCACGAGUGCUUUGGUGAUAUAUUUUAUGAAAUGGGUCAACUUGAUAAGGCAAUUUCUUAUUAUCGGUCCUCAAUUGAUAUAGUAUUGAAGUUCUCAGCUCAAUCAAAACCUUUACUUUCUAGAUUAUACCAAAGUAUUGCAAGAGUUUGUGUAGAUAAAAGGCAAUUGCGUGAAGCAUUACAAAAUCUUGAACAAGGUCUCAAAUUAGCGCCGGAAAAUUCCAUUAUAAUGGCACAGUUACAUCAAACAAAAGCCGGCGUUUCUAUUAAAUUGAAGCAAUUCGAAAGCGCAGAAGAACAUUUAAAUCAAGCAAAAAUACUCUUCAGUAAGUUAUCUUCUGAUGAGAAUAUUCACAUAGCGAACGAUUUACGCAUACGUGGUCGUCUGAACUUCCACAAAGGAAAAUUCGAUAUUGCUCUUCAAAAUCUAACAGAAGCUUUAGUAAUUCUUGAAAAAGAAUUACCGAAAUAUCAUUCAAUAACUUCUGAAACUUACAUAGACAUUGGUCGCAUCUAUGAAAAACUAAAUAAAAUGGAUGAAGCACUUGAAAUGUUCGAAAAAGUCAAAACGACAUUACAUGAACGUUUAAACAAUACUGAGCAAACAUUAGAUUCUGCAGAAACUUCACUAUCAAAAUGCUGUUCAAUAUUAUGUACUAUUUAUGAUGCUCUUGCAAAUAUUCAUACAAAACGGAGAAAUUUUAAUCAAGCACACGUUGAAAUUAAAAAUGGUUCUCUUCUACGUCAGAAAUUUUGCCCAAAUGAUUUACCAUUAUCUAAUUUCAAUUUAGCCAACGUGUAUACUCAAGAAAACCGUACAAAAGAAGCAAUUGAUCUUCUAGAUGGAAUCACUGAUAAUUUUUUUUUUUUUUGCAUAUAA